GCAAUAGAUUUUACUAUAAAAUUUCUCUUUUCACAAUGAGUACUUCGGACGUAGAAUUUCUAAAGGCCCAAUUAGCUACCGCAAGGAGUGAAAUGAAAAACUUAAGGCAGCAAAUCACUAACUUGCAGCACAUGCAUACGAAAGAGCUUCGGAAUGCUCUAAAGAUGCUGGAGGAUUUUCGAUGUCCCGGAUGCCAGCAGGAUAAGCGAAACGAAGAUGACACCAGCGUGACAAAAGAGGAUAUCGUAUCUCCGGAAGAAAGCUGUUCCUUCAAACCGAUAGGCGUUAUUCGAACUGUGUUCAACGAAAAGCGAGCUGUACCACGGCAGGCUAAUUUAGCCUCAGCAUUACUGAGUAGAAUCGAUAUCUCGUCGACUGUUUUCAACAAUCCUAGCCAUUCACUUGAAGGGCUGGAAAGCUUUUCUCAUAUAUGGAUCAUUUAUCACUUCCAUCGCAAUCCGAAUCAUCUGAAGGCAAAAGUUGCACCACCGAGACUCGGCGGCGAACGAGUAGGUGUGUUCAGCACAAGAUCGCCCCAUCGACCCUGCCCGAUAGGACUCUCGCUGGUGCAGCUGGACCGAGUCGAAGACUCCAAAGUGUACUUCUUCGGGACCGAUAUGGUUGACGGUACUCCUGUGUUAGACAUCAAACCCUACAUACCCCAAUAUGAUGUGCCGGUAAACAUGAGCGAAAUUGAAUUUUACAACUCACGGGAAGCGCCGGAUGGAGAAGAAACGAGCUUAUUGGAUAACAACCCUUCCGGAUCGAGCACCCAACCAAUGUCUUCCGUGUCCGUCCCCAAUUGGGUGUUGAAUAGCAGCGUUUUGGAUGUGGUCUUCAACACAAACGCCGAAUCGCAGUUGCAAGCUUUAGGAAUUGAAAAAACUUCAAUCAUCGACGUACUUAAAGCAGAUCCACGGUCGGUAUAUUUACGCAGCAAAUAUGGUUCACAGUUUUACACAUUCCGCUUAGGCGAACACACCGUCACGUGCAAAUUUAACGAUCAAAAUUCUAGUGUAACGGUUCUGCAAAUCAGAGACGUGGUGAAUUUUCAGGAAAGUGCUGAUGAAUGUACCGCAGCUAAGGAAUAAAUUAUCCU